CAGUGCUCUGUGCAGAAGCUAUGGAGGAGCCGCCAUCCCGCCGCCUGGUGCUCAAGAACAGGAGGGCGACUCUGGAGAGGGUGGAGAAGUUUAUCUCCGAGCUGUACUUCACCGACUGCAACCUGCGGGGGAGAUUGUACGGCACGACGUGUCCAGUGGAUUCCCUCUCCUACUUUCUGACAGAGAAGAGGAUCUCCUAUGACGACGCUGUGAAGCGGGACUUUCAGACGGCUCAUGUUGGACAAACCUUUGGCCCGACGUGGUGGACGUGCUGGUUUAAAGUCCAGAUUGUUAUUCCCAAAGAAUGGUCAGGACAGGAGGUUCAUCUCAUAUGGGAAAGCGAUGGUGAGGGAUUGGUAUGGAAGGAUGGCAUGCCAGUCCAGGGUCUGACAAAGGAGGGUGAAAAGUCCAGCUUUAUUUUAUCUCGCCAUCUGAAAGCAGAAGAUCCACGAAGCAUGACCCUGUACAUCGAGGUGGCUUGUAAUGGUCUUUUUGGAGCUGGUCAAGGAGGUAUGAUUGCUCCCGUUGAUCCCAAAAAAACAUUUACCCUACAAAGAGCUGAGCUUGCCAUUUUCAACCGGGAUGUACAUGAACUUCUUCUGGACUUUGAGAUUUUGUAUGAUAUGGCCAGGUUGCUUGGUGAGGAUAACCAAAGAAGCUUCCAAGCUCUGUAUGUGGCUAAUGAAAUGGUCAAUUUAUGUGAUGUCAAUGAUCCAGACACCUUUGCCGCUGUCCGCAACUUGUCCUCCAAAUUCUUCAGCCAGAAGAACGGUGACAGCCAGCACACUAUCCAUGCAAUGGGGCACUGCCACAUCGAUUCAGCUUGGUUGUGGCCAUAUGAAGAAACCAUUAGAAAAUGUGCUCGCAGUUGGGUUACUGCUGUACAGCUGAUGACAAAAAAUCCUGAUUUCACCUUUACAUGCUCUCAGGCUCAGCAGCUGGAUUGGGUGAAAACGUGGUAUCCUGGAUUAUAUUCACAGAUUAAAGAAUUUGUGAAACUUGGCCAGUUCAUACCAGUCGGUGGAACAUGGGUAGAAAUGGAUGGAAACCUUCCCAGUGGCGAGUCCAUGGUGCGCCAGUUCCUGCACGGUCAGCUCUUCUUUCAAGAAGAAUUUGGCAGUAUGUGUUCUGAGUUCUGGCUUCCAGACACUUUCGGAUACUCUGCUCAGCUGCCGCAGUUGAUGAACGGCUGUGGGAUCCACCGCUUCCUCACUCAGAAAUUAAGUUGGAGUCUGGUGAAUGCUUUUCCUCAUCAUACCUUUCACUGGGUAGGCAUUGAUGGCUCAAAGGUCCUUGCUCAUUUCCCUCCAGGGGACUCUUAUGGGAUGAAGGGUACAGUGGAAGAGAUGCUUAAAACUGUGAGAAACAACAGGGACAAGGGUCGUGUCAACUGUGGCAUCGCCCUCUAUGGGUACGGUGAUGGAGGUGGAGGUCCAACCGAGAAAAUGGUGGGACGACUUAGUCGGAUGAAAGAUACAGACGGUUUGCCCAGAGUUCAGCUGUCCACCCCUGAUCAGUUCUUCUCCGCGUUGGAAGCCGACACGUCUCAGCUCUGCUCCUGGGUUGGAGAACUGUUUCUUGAGCUGCACAAUGGAACAUACACCACACAAGCUCAGAUCAAGAAAGGGAACAGACAAUGUGAGCAGUUACUCCAUGACGUGGAAUUCCUCAGCUCUCUAGCCCUGGCCCAGGACAAGAGCUUCAAUUACCCAAGUGCUAGGCUUCAGCAUCUCUGGAGGUUAUUGCUUUUGAACCAGUUCCAUGAUGUGCUCCCCGGGAGCUGCAUCCAGCUGGUGGUUGAAGAUGCCUUGAGAUAUUAUGAAGAAAUCAGAACAGAAGGAGCUAAACUUCUCAGUGAAGCGCUGCAAUCACUACUGAAGACUCCGUCCCAGCCGCCGGGGACCAGUCAAGCAUUCACCGUCAUAAACACUUUGCCUUGGGAGCGCACAGAGGUUAUUUCCAUACCAGGGGCAGAGGAGCAGCGUUUGGGACUUGUAAGAGUGCCCAGUAUGGGCUAUGCUGUGUCGCCUGAAGAAGUGAAUCCAGAUUCCCCUGUCACCGUUGUCAUGCAGGGUGAUAGUUCUGUAACUAUGGAGAAUGGAAUCCUUCACGCCAACAUUGAUUCAAUGGGACGACUGAGAUCACUAAAGCUCUUAUCCAGCAACAGAGAGUCCAUCCCCACAGCUUGUUACGGGAACCAGUUUGUGAUGUUUGAUGACAUUCCCCUAUACUGGGAUGCUUGGGAUGUGAUGGAUUAUCACCUGGAGACCAGGAAACCUGUAACCAGUAUUUUGACUAAACUAGAGAUCAGCAGUAAUGGCGGGCUGAGAGGGGCUGUGAAGUUUAGUUUGAAAAUAAGCGCACACAGUAGCAUUGUGCAAGAGAUAAUCCUCGAGGCAUCAAGUCCGUGCAUCAGAUUUAAUACUAAGGUAACCUGGGGUGAAGCACAUAAAUUUUUGAAAGUUGAAUUUCCUACUACGGUUCACAGUACAAAUGCAGCAUAUGAGAUCCAGUUUGGACAUUUACAGAGACCGACUCAUCGCAAUACUUCUUGGGACUGGGCCCGAUAUGAGGUUUGGGCGCAUCGGUGGAUGGAUCUGUCAGAACACGGCUUUGGAAUAGCUGUUCUAAAUGACUGUAAAUAUGGUUGUUCGGCGCUUGGGAACGUUCUCAGCCUUUCCUUACUGAGAGCACCAAAGUCUCCUGAUGCUACGGCUGAUAUUGGACAUCAUGAGUUCUCCUAUGCACUUAUGCCUCAUGAGAGAUGUUUUCAAGAAGCUGGUGUAAUUCGGUAUGCAUACAACUUUUGUAUGCCUCUUCUCACCACCACAGCAUUACCUACACAGAAAUCUUGGAGCGCUUUUACUGUACUUUCUCCAGCCGUAGUGUUGGAGACUGUCAAACAAGCAGAGAAGCAGCCGGACUCUCUUGUACUGAGGCUGUACGAGUCAUAUGGGAGCACUGUAGAUACCUGGCUGCAGACCUCACUCCCGGUUAAAGAGGUUUUCUUGUGUGACCUUCUGGAACGUCCCAGCAGCAGCCAGCCACUUAUGUUUGAGGAUCAGGGUGUGAAACUUUCCUUUACCCCAUUCAAGGUUUUAUCUCUUCUCAUUGUUCUGCAGAGAUAGAGAACUCUAUAAUAUUUUAUGAUCUCCAAUAGAUCUCAUCUUCAUAAAUAUCUUGCCUUAGAUUGGACCAAAGUAAUUUUCUUUAGUAAUGUUCUUUGGCAAUGAUACUGACAGAUUGGUAAAAAUAAUCUACAAAAUAAAUGUUCCAGUUUGUAACACAAACAUUUGAUUUAAUUCGAUUUGAUUGAACUUUAUUGUCAAUGCACAUGUAUAAAUACAGAGUCACGAGAUUCAGAUUGCAUCUAAUCAGAAGUGCAAAGAGCAGCAAGUGCAAUAAAAGCAGGUUACGGUAUAUACAGAUAAGGGUAGUGUAGAAGGUGGGAAUAGUUAUGUACAGAUUAUGUACAAAUAAGUUAGGUAUACGGGUGUUUAUAUUGCUAUACAGAGAGCAAAUAUACAGAUGUACUGAUGUGUGUGUGUGUGUGUGUAUAAAAUAGAUAUAUAUAGAUAUAUUAGAUAUAUAUAGAUAUAUAUAGAUAUGCAGAUGUGCUAACUUAUACGCAUAUAACAGAGACUUAAGCUAUGACAGUCUCCCAAACUAGAGCAGUAAUCAAUGUGAAUAUUGAGAAAGAAUGACCAUCAUGGUCAUGGGAGGGAUGGAGUGGAGGAGGAGUGUAGAGGGUUAAAUGAGUGUGAAUGGAAAGGUUCAUUGGGGGACUGAAGACUGAGUUCAGUAGAGUGACAGCUGUGGGAAAGAAGCUGUUCCUAAACCUGCUGGUUUUAGUCUGAAGGGUCCUGUAGCGCCUUCUAGAGAGAAGGAGCUGAAAGAGUUUAUUGGCUGGAUGAGAGGAGUCCCUAAGAAUGUAGACAUCUCUUCUUGUGAACAUCCUCAAUGGCAGGAAGUGGAGUCCCUGUGGGCAGUUUUCAGUUCCCCGCUGCAGUGCCUUACGGUCAGCCACAGAGCAAUUCCCAUACCAAACUGUAACACAGUUGGUCAGUAUGCUCUCUAUUGCACAUCGGUUGAAGUUACCCAGUAUUUCAGCAGACAGGUGCUUUUUCUUCAGUGUCUUCAAGAAAAAGAGGCGCUGAUGUGCCUUCUUUACCAGGCUGGAGAUGUUGGUUGACCAGGACAGAUUCUCAGAGAUGUGGUUCCCCAGGAACUUGAAACUGGAGACCUGUUCAACAGCCGUGCCAUUUAUGUGGAUGGGGUCAUGGGUGUCUCCCUUCUCCUUCCUGAAGUCCACAAUGAGCUCUUUUGUUUUGCUGGUAUUCAGGAGCAGGUUGUCGGCGCACAACACAGCUAGGUGCUUUACCUCCUCCCUGUAGUCAGACUCAUCGUUGUCACUGAUGAGACCGAUCACUGCGGUGUCAUCUGCAAACUUGAUAAUGGAGUUGGAUCCAUACCUAGGCCUGCAGUCAUAGGUGAAAAGGGAGUAGGAGAACGGGCUCAGCACACAGCCCUGUGGAGUACCAGUGUUGAGUAUGAUGGUGGUGAAGUUAUUUCCUGAUCUAACAUGCUGGGGUCUGUUGGUUAGAAAGUCCAUGAUCCAGUUACAGAUAGAGUUACUGAUUCCAAGAUCCACAAGUUUAGUGAUCAACUUGGAAGGAAUGCAAACAGCAUUCAUGCAUAAGUAUUCUUGUUGUCCAAAUUUGCCUGCAUAUCUGUUUUUGCACAGAAAAUAUCUAAUAUUCAAUACAAUAAAAUCACCAUAAAUUAAA